CAGCAGCUCCCGAGCCAUUCAAACAAGUGGCUCCGACAGCACUUCAUAGCUGGGGCUGAGGAGAGGGUGCAGCGCGGCUCCCUGCCCCGGAGGCGCCGGGCCCCUCACACUGCCUCUUUUCUCUGCUGCUCGCUCUUUAUUUGACGAUGAAAUAAUGUUGACAUGUCUUGAAUUAUUAAGUAUUCCCUGGAUUUUAUUAGCACAUGAUGCCUAAAUGCUGCCUGUAUCUGCUGGGGUCUUAACCAGAGAGGAGCGAAGGAGAGAGGCAGAGAGACAGAGCGAGGGAGAGGAGAGAGGGGUUUUUGACAGCUGUAUUUGUGCUGAUAAGCGAAGGCACAAGGAGACGAUCGACUAGUGAGACAAGAGGGAAGCGGCGGCUCAGAGCUGCUGAGAGGGGCUGCGCUUCCCUUCCGAGACGGCUCGGCCCUCCCGGCGCCGUGCUGGGGCUUGGGGGGGACCCGAGCCCCCUCCCAGCGCCUGGCCGGGCUCUCGGACAGUGCCCGUGCCGGGGGCCAGCUCGCUGGCUGGUCACGCCGGCAGCGAGGGGCAGAUGCCGAUUGAGAUCGUGUGUAAAAUCAAAUUUGCUGAGGAGGAUGAGAAGCAGAAGGAGAAAGAAGAAGGGGAUAAAGAGAGCCUGAUCGAGGAGCCUGCCCGGCCCCGCUCCCGGGACCUGGCCUCCUUCGCCAGCACCAGCACGCUGCACGGCCUGGGACACAUCUGCCGGUCGGGGCGGCUGGGCGUGCGCCAGACCCUCUGGGCGUUCGCCUUCCUCGCUUCGCUCGCCUUCUUCCUCUACCAGGCGACCAAGUCAGCGCUGCUCUACCUGGAGCACCCCCACGUCAUGGCCCUGGAUGAGGAGGCCACCCGUGAGAUGGUCUUCCCUGCCAUCACCAUCUGCAACAUCAAUCGCUACCGGCACUCAGCACUCACUGAUGCUGACAUCUUCCACUUGGCCAACAUGACCGGGCUGCCCCCCAAGGACCGGGAUGGCCACAAGGCCACGGACUUGCUCUACCCUGACCCCGACAUGGCUGACAUUGUGAACCGCACCGGCCACCAGCUUGACGAUAUGCUCAAGAGCUGCAACUUCAGCGGCGAGAACUGCUCAUCGCGUGAUUUCACUGUGGUCUACACACGGUAUGGUAAGUGCUACACAUUCAACGGGGACCGGAGGAACCCGCGGGUGACCCGCCAAGGUGGCAUGGGCAACGGGCUGGAGAUCAUGCUGGACAUCCAGCAGGAAGAGUACCUGCCCAUCUGGAGAGAGACGAACGAGACGUCAUUUGAAGCUGGCAUCCGGGUCCAAAUUCACAGCCAGGAUGAGCCACCCUAUAUCCAUCAGCUGGGCUUUGGUGUCUCGCCCGGCUUCCAGACCUUCGUGUCCUGCCAGGAGCAGCGGCUCACCUACCUGCCGCAGCCAUGGGGGAACUGCCGGGCCAGUGUGCAGGGGGAGCAGACACUGCCCGGCUAUGACACAUACAGCAUUGCUGCCUGCCGCCUGCAGUGUGAGAAGGAGGCCGUGGUGCGGAGCUGCCACUGCCGCAUGGUCCACAUGCCAGGCAAUGAGUCCAUCUGCUCCCCCAACGUGUACAUCGAGUGUGCUGACCACACGCUAGACGCGGCAGUGGAGGACAGCCAGGAGCGCUGCAGCUGCCCCACGCCAUGCAACCUGACCCGCUAUGGCAAGGAGAUCUCCAUGGUGCGCAUCCCCAAUAAGGGCUCAGCGCGCUACCUUGCCCGCAAGUACAACAAGAAUGAGACCUACAUCCGGGAGAACUUUCUGGUGCUGGACAUCUUCUUUGAGGCACUCAACUAUGAGGCCAUUGAGCAGAAGAAAGCCUACGACCUUGCUGGGCUUCUCGGGGACAUCGGGGGACAGAUGGGCCUGUUCAUCGGUGCCAGCAUCCUCACCAUCCUGGAGAUCCUGGACUAUGUCUAUGAGGUGAUCCGGGACAGGGUGAGCCGGGUCCUGCGACGCUCCAAGUCACCCCUGAAGAAGCCCUCAGGCAGCAUAGCCACACUGGGACUGGAGGAGCUCAAGGACCAGAGCCCCUGCGAGACGCUGGGCCGACACGUGGAGGGUGCCUACAACACGGGCAUCCUGCCCAACCACCACCACCGCCACCACUACCCUCACCAGGGCGUCUUCGACGACUUCGCCUGCUAAGGCCAGCUCGGGACUGGGGGCAGACCCCCGCCACCCCCCUCCCCACCGUCCGCAUGGAGAGGGACUGCGGCAGCGGGUGCAGCGAGCACAGGCCCCUGCCUCCCCCCACCACUGACAGGACUGGCCCGUGCUGUUUGCCCCCAGCAGUGCUGCCAGAGCUGCCGAGGCACUGGCAUUGUAGUCACCCCCCAGCCCUUUUGCCUGUCCCCUCCACUUGCCCCCAGCACACGGGCCCAGCCCCGUCUCAAGCACAUGGCAUGGAGGGGAAUGGGCACACUGGGACAGACUGGGGGAGCAGUGGGGUGCAGGGCAGAGUGCACAGCAUUCUGGGGGCAAGCUGUGGUUCCUGCAGGACCCUCCAAGCCCUUCCCAUCUGGCCCUUUCAGGGUGGCAGUCUCUGCCCUGCAUGGUCCCCCCCAGGAGAGAGACGUACCUGGAGCAGCUUUCCCCCUGCCCAGGGACCACACAAUUCCCUCCUCUCUUCCUGCAGCAAGGCAGAGCAGCAUUGCAGGCCAUGUCUCUGAGCAGCACAGUCCCCCCAGCCAGCUCAGGGACACCCCACCUGCAGCCACACCUGCAUGGCACCACCACUGUGACACCCUCAAACAUCUGCCCACCCUCCCAACCUCCUGCAGCCUGCUACAGCUGCAGCCCCCCGUUGCA